AUGGCUGUUCUCUCAAAGGAGUAUGGCUACGUGAUGCUGACAGGGGCUGCCAGCUUCAUCAUGGUCAUGCACCUUGCAAUCAAAGUGUCCAAGGCCCGCAAGAAGUACAAAGUGGAGUAUCCAACCAUGUACAGCACAGACCCCGAACACGGGCAUAUGUUCAACUGCAUCCAGCGUGCACACCAGAACACAUUGGAAAUCUACCCCCCCUUCCUGUUCUUCUUAGCCACCAGUGGAUUCUACCACCCGCGUGUUGCCACAGGGCUUGGCCUCACCUGGAUCCUGGGGAGGAUCCUUUAUGCCUACGGCUACUACACCGGAGAUCCCAAAAAAAGGGCGAGAGGGGCCUUUGGUUCAAUUGCAGUGAUUGGGCUGAUGGGCACAAGUGUGUACUCAGCUUGUCAGCACCUUGGCUGGAUCUGCCAGAACUAA